AUGGAGUUCCUUGAAAUGAAGCAAGGUGAUCGAUGUGCUCACCAAGGCAAUGGAGCUUCUGGAGAUGAAGGUGCGCGGGUCGGACGUGGAGUGGAGCCCAUGCAGAAAGUCUUCUCCCUCGUGCGCUCUGAGCUCAACCUCGACCCCACCUCCCCUUUCUCCUCUCUCUCCCCUUCCUCAUUCCUCCCUCCCUUUGUGCGCCCCCACAGCAAGGUGAUAGAUGUCCUGACAAAGGCAAUGGAGUUCUUAGAAAUGAAGGUGCGCGGGUCGGACGUGGAGCCGAUGCAGAAAGUCUUCUCCCUCGUGCGCCAUGAGCUCAACCUCGACCCCAAGAACCUCAAGCAGGAGACCAAGAAGUUCUGGACUCGCUUCCCCGCUCUCAUUAAGGUGGAGCUGCUGCUGCUGGCGCAGCUCACACGGCAGGCAGACUUGGUUCCACCUGAGCUGAGGAAGGACUUCAAUACCAUUCUGAAGCUCACGCCACGGCUCAUGGAGGAGCUUAUCAAGUUCCGAGGAGGAACUCUUCCUUCUCCCCUCCGCCCGUUCCUCUCCAUGCUUCUACCAAGCCAUGCCACUGUUGGAUCCGCAUUGAUGCUUUUCCCCACCCCCCCACCCCCCAACCCCCGGCCAGCCCACUCUUUCCUUCGCCACGUGCUCUCCUCCUCUUUCCUGCCCCACAGAUCUCUCUGUACCCUCAUCUAUCUCUACCCUCGUCCCCCUGUGGGCUACGCCUGGUUGCGGCCAGCAGUGGGAGCAAUCGAGCUCCCAGAGCUUCUAUCAGGCCGUGCCUUGAUCUCUCUCUACCCUCGCCCCCCGGUUGGCUACGCCUGGUUGCGGCCAGCAGUGGGAGCAAUCGAGCUCUCUCAGAGCUUCUAUCAGGCCGUGCCGCUGUCGGCCCGCAAGCAGACGGACAAGGGGGGCAGUGCGGAGGGCAUUGCUGCUCUGCUGCAGCUGCCGCACGUGGACGAGGGGGUGGUGAAGAAGCUUACUAGAAAGGUGAGCUGA